AUGGAGUCGAGCGGGUUUGGGGUUACGACACAGCACGUGCGAGGGAGAAUGAACUUUUCGGAACGAUAUGUGAUCGAUACGUCCGACAUGGCGUACGAGCAACAAGCCUUGCUGCUUUCUCCUUCCUCGAUGGAGCCGCCGAAAGAGAAACCUCCGCCACCGCCGCCGGUAGAACCGCCCCCGAUGACGGAUCCAGAGACCAACACGUCGUCGGAGCUGGACGAAAGCGUGGACAAGUCGGUCCUUCGACACACGGUGUCGUCGUCAUCGUCGGCUGUGUCGCAGCGUUCUUCCUCGCCGCCGUCGGUGCAGAUCAGGCCGGCGUCGGGGACGUCGAAUGGACCGUUGCCCGUGCGCUCGACGUCCGUGUCGAACCGAGUCAAGAUGUGGGAGACUGGGAAUUUCCCGAGGAAACCCGCUGAAGAGAGUGACGACGAUCAGGGGUCGUCGAAAUCGUCGUCGGUGACGACGAGCGGGGAUUCGAGGCAGAGGUUUGAAGAGACUCGACCCGUGUCGGUGCUGUCCACUGCGUCGACGUUGCCGCGGCCAGACGUCGGGGUUUCGCUGACGAAAGAAAACGUCAGGAAAAAAGAAGCGAUGCCCGAUCGUUGGCUGAAAUAUCCAAUGCUGUACCCGAUUAAAAAAGAAGCGAUGCCCGAUCGUUGGCUGAAAUAUCCAAUGCUGUACCCGAUUGAAAUGUACCACAACCCUGCCUUCUCGGCGCGUGACAGUCCGUUGCCGACGCAGCAAGCCGCAUCGUCCACCAAUUAUUACCAAAACGUUGCAGAAUUGCGAGCUGGAGGCAGACACGUGGAGUAUCAGAGUGACGCUGUGCAGUACCAACUGAACUCGGGUUACAUUGGCUCCUCGUCGGAUCAGUCCGUGCCCCGGUCUGUUUCUGCGACGGGGUUCGGUCGUCAGUCGCAGCAGUCGAGUGUCCCGGCGAUGCAACCCUCGAGCCAUUCUGAUUCCAGUUUACGCCCUGCGCAGCGAACGGAAGACGUCAUGUGGAAAUCGGCAAAUGGGAACUCUGCGUGGAAUAAGCAGGAUAAAAUGUACGGUGGUCAGAAGCAGGAUCCCUUCAUCGGCAACGGUUAUCAGCCGCCGCAGCCGUGGUCUGACGACGCCGCGAAGGCGUCCCGGUCUCGCUCCGUGGAAGACUUGCAGCAGCAGCAGCCACCGCAUCACAUUAAUCAACCAAUCUACGAAAACUUACCUCCGCCCGUGAAAAGAUCCGGCCCGGUUGCGCAACCCGUGGACCCGGCUCCGUUUCACUCCAGUCAAGUAAUGGGUACGUCACGCAAUGGCCCGACCGUCAGCAUCGGGCCGUGGCAGCAGCAAGGACAACCCUCGUCCCACGUACCAGUGGGCCACGGGUUCGGAGACCCUCGGCUCGUCGGCAACACCAACAACCCCGCCAAUAAUACCGGCCCACCGAUGCUCAGCGUGUCGGGCAAGAAGAAAUGCUCGCACUGUGGACGAGAACUCGGUCGAGGAGCUGCGAUGAUAGUUGAAAGUUUGCGGCUGUUCUAUCAUUUGGAAUGCUUCCGGUGCUGCGUUUGCGAAGCUCCCUUAGGCAACGGGAAAACUGGAGCCGACGUUCGAGUUCGCAACAAUCGCUUGCAUUGUCACAAUUGCUACUCAAAUGAGCAAGGAGUGAAGUUCAGCAAGGAGUGAAGUUCAGCAAGGUAUGAAGAUCGGAAUCCGGAGUUUCAUGUGUUUGAUGAGUCUGAAUUAGACAGGAAGAGUAGAGGCUGGAUGAGCUGGUUUUGUUUUUUUGUGUCCAGCUUUCUUUUGGUCCGACAGUUUUCGGAGUCCAAUUACUAGUCAUCUCUUCCGUACCGUGUGUUUUUUUUGUUUUUUUUUGCUUUCACGUUGUGUCGACAUUGCCUGAAAAUGGCUUCAGGUCUUCGGAUGAUUUGGUGGCUUGUAGCAGCAAAAAAUUCUCGGUCCAUCCCACGUUGAUCUUUUUUUUUUUUCUUUUUCAACUGACUGUGGCCUUCAAACUUCGUCCUAUGCCUGUUCUUCCGCUAAUGUGAUUUUUAUUUGUAUCGAUAUUUUUUUUUAUUUCCUGCGCGAAAGUUGAGAUUGUGAUGACUGCUGAUGCAUAUAUAUAUAUUUUUUAGGACGAUGAGUGAAUCGUUGCGGGAAAACAGUAAUCUGCGUGUGCAUGUAGCGUAGUUCUCACGACACUAAUGGCCGAACGUAGGAAAACUGUAGAACGGUUUGCGGGGAUUUAUUUUUUUUUUGGGUCUCCGCAUCUCGUUUUCCGUGGUUUCAAUUUUUUAAAGAACCAAUCAAAUGCGGUUAAGUUUAUUUCUACAAUGACUUGGUCGCGUGAAUGACAUGAGACGGGAAGUGCUCCGUGACUUAAUCGGUGAGGAAUCGGAUUUUGCUUUCGGUUUAUACGUAAUGAUGCGCGUAAAUCCUGUCUCGAUAUUGGGAUACCGUCUCUGGCAGUGCCAAAACGAAAAAAAAAAAAUGCGACAUUCUUUUACUGCUGGAACAACGGAAUGCUCACUUGCCUCACUGCAUUGUUAUAUUUCGUGCCUGAUCUUUUUUUUCGGAUUUGGGGAAAUGAAAUUCAACGCCAUGAA